AUGACUAUUGUGGGUUUCUCAUAUUUAUUGCGGGUUUUACAUAUCCAUCGCGGGUUUUACAUAUCCAUCGCGGGUUUUACAUAUCCAUCGCGGGUUUUACUUAUCCAUCGCGGGUUUUACUUAUCCAUCGCGG